CCUGCUUAUUGCUUUAUUCAGCAGACGGGGUAUUGUCGGACAAAUUUGCAAGUAAAUUCUUGAAUUAUUUUUUGGAUUUGUUGUGUUUGUGGAAUGGGUGUGCUUAUAAACACAAAGGGUUCUACAACUUAUGAGUCAAUAUAUGAACCAAUAAUUCCUCGCCCUGCUAGUCGACUCUCAUCCCAUUCCAACAACUUGAAUUACGUACAAUAUGUCAACGGUCCACAAUUAAAUGCAAGUGAAUGCGCAGGAAACUUAUCAAUUAUUGGAUCCAUUAGUACUAGUGGAUGUAGCACGCCGACUUAUCCGAGUCCAAGAAACAAUCCAUUGCAAAGCAAAGAGACAGAAGUUAAUGCGCUUACAGACUUUUUGGUAAAAUCUCUUGAUACUGGGACUGGUGUUGAAAACUAUGGUAUAGAACUUUAAGUGGCAUUACUGUUC